GUCAGUAAAGUCUGGUCCAAUGAGUUCCAGUAGAAUGUCAAUUCCUGGUUAUUCAUCAACACAAGGGGAUAGGAACUCACUUGAUGGAAUUUCAAGACUGGAUUCUCAGAACAGCCAGAGGGGAGGUCAAGGUCAGAAUGGCUUAGGUCAGAGAACAAAGUCCAGUGCUGAACUUGGUUCAAAGGCUUAUAUUAAGGAGUACCAACGGAGGUACUCAAAACAUGUUGAAGAUGGAAGGCCUUCAACAAGUUACUUAAGGUUAAGUGAAAAUAAAACUGAUCAAGUUGGAGGAAAGCAUAGUCAAUUACCAGUCCUUCCUCACACUACAAAUAGCAAGUCAAAACCCAAAGACAGGUUGAACAAGAUGAAUUAUCCUAUUCAAGUUAAAAUUAAAUACCAUGGUGAAGAAAGACAUACUGAACCUACCUUCAAUGGAGAGGAAGAUGAAGGAGGAGAAGAGCAUGUUAAUGAUGAUAAUCAAGAUCACAGAAGAGAGACCGAAGAUGUUGAUGAUGCUGAAGCUACUAAACUUUUGGUAAGGUUUGAAAACUAUCUGCAGGCGUUUGGUCAUGAUGAUGUAACCCAGCUAGAUGAUGAAUAUGUAAAAAAUAAGUAUGAAGAGUUUUUUCAAGAGAUGGAGGAAGAAUUAGAUUCAAGAAUAAAGGAAAACAAUGAAAGGAAUGAAAAUAACAGGGGAGAAAAUAAGCUGGACAAAUUAAAAGGAUUGACAAACAUACAUCUUUUGUUAGAAAGAAACAGGAAGCAAAAUCCUGAAAAUGAUAAACAAAUGUAUCAAGUUAAACUUCGAACAGGAAUAUCUGAAGGGAAAUACACAUCCGUAAAUGAAGAAUAUUUGACAAAAAGUCCAGAUACAGAAGAAAUUUUGUCAGGGUUUGAAGACUACCUAAAAUCACUAGGACAUGGUGAUGACACUCAGCUCGAUCCAGAUUAUAUACAUAUGAAAUAUGAAAAAUACAUGAACAGCUUGAAAAAGGAGAGAAAAUCUCGAAAGAAUGACAUUGACCGAAAUGAAGAUCCAGAGAUAAACAAUGAAAUCAGUUCAAUACAAAGUUUUAAAGGGAAAAAUAGACAUGACAAAGAAGAAAACCUCAUAAAAAGUCCAGAAUCUGCUGAAAUUUUGUCAGGGUUUGAAAACUACCUGAAAUCAUUUGGUCAUGGUGAUACCACACAGCUCAAACCAGAUUAUAUCCAUAUGAAGUAUGAGAAAUACAUGAACAAUUUGAAAAAGGAGAGAAAACAAGGGAAGAAUGGUGUGUAUAAAAAAGACAUUGACCAAAAUGAAGAUCCAAAGAUUACCCAUGAAAACAGUUUGAUACAAACUUUUAAAGGUAAAAGCAGACAAGACGAUAAGAAAAAAGUCAUGAAAAGUCCAGAUACUGCUGAAAUUUUGUCAGGGUUUGAAAACUACCUAAAAUCGUUAGGUCAUUGUGAUAGCACACAGCUUGAACCAGAAUAUGUUCAUGAAAGGUAUGAGAAGUAUAUGAACAGAUUAAAGGAGAAAAGAAGUCUGCAACAAAAUGGUGUUUAUAAAAAAGAAAACCAGAUUAUGGGAAUGGUGUUAAAAGACGUACCACAUGCAGAUCAGCGACAGGAGUUACAAGCUAUUUUGAGUGAAUUACUUCAGAGCAGAAAUCAGGAAGAGACCAAAGCUAAGGAAAGUGACAAUAGUGAAAACGCUCAUGUUGGAAGAGAUCAAAAUGAAAUCCUGUCAGGUUUUCAAAACUACCUUAAGUCAAGUGGGUGUGAUGAUAUAUCAUAUCUUGAUGAGGAUUAUGUAAAAGCAGAGUUUAAAGACUACCUCAAAGAAAUAGAUGAAGAAGGCAAGGCAAUUGAUAGAGGAAUGGAUAAAAGGAGAAAAGGUGAAAACAGGUCCAAUGAAGUGAAAGCUUCAAAACGCAAUCUGUUUCAAAACUCUCAACUUAAAAACACUGGUAAAUCAACCCUAGCACAUGAGGAAAGAAACUUGAGUAUAGUUGAGGACAAUAGGAUUAUAAUUCAUUUACAUACAGAUAGCUUUAACAGAAUUUCUCCUCCUCCAUCAGUACCUACUGGCCUUGAUUUUGAUCAAGGAUCAAUAACAUCUAAUGAGCCUGAUUUGGAACUCACUUUUGAUGAUGUAAUUGAUGUUGAGCAAUUGGAAGGUAUUGAUGCUAUUGAGCAAAUAGACCCAGAAGAAUAUGAAAGAAAGAUGAAAGAGGAACGAGAAAGAAAAAGGAAACACAAACAGAAGAAAAGGAGAAAGAAAAGGGAUGCUGGUAAAGAUAUUACUGCUGAAAUAGCUGAAAGUGGUGAAGUAAAGCAUGGCCAAGAUAUGGAAGAUGACAACAUAGACCCGAACGAGAACAAAAAUGUUGGGGAACAUUCACAGAAGCAGAAGAAACACAAAAGGAGACAUAAAAAGUAUGUGGAAAGAGAUGAUGAAAUGGAUGAUUACAUUGACGAUUAUGCAGAUAACUUUGAUGAAGAAACUGCUGAGGAAGUAAAAGACUUAGAUUGUAUCAAAGGAAAAUCUGAAAGAAACAUGGUCUCAGUAAAUGUGGAUAAUGAUACUGAUGAUGAAAAACCAGUGAAUGAUAAUAUAAUGGAAAAAGAAAAUUCAAACGUCUCUACAAAUACUGAUUUAGAUUCAAGAAAAGGAAGAACAAAGAAGAAACAAAGGAAAUUAAAGCCCAAAAAGACUGAAUGUGUUGGAAAGGAAACUAAAGCAGACAGAAACAAUUCAAAAGAUAGGAAUGUUAAUAUGAUUGACACAAGCAUUGAUGCAAAUGAAAAACUGGUGGCAGAAAAGAAGACAGAGAAGAAAAAGAAAACAAGGAAAAACAAAUCCAAGGAAAGGAAUGCUGGGAAGAAAAAAGCUUCCAAAAAGCGUCCUUCAAUGUUUGGAAUUAACGUUUUCGACAUGGAAAAUGCUGAAACAGCUCAUGCUAAGUUGGGAUCAGAAGCUGUUUCUGAUUAUGAAAUAGAAAUAGAAAAAUUGCCUAGCAUAAGAAAUCAGCUGGCUAAGAUUCUUGGGCCAACAUUGGAGAAGCAGAUAGCUGACAAUGAAAAGCAUGAUGAAAGCGAGGUUGAUGAAAUACCAGGUAAUGAAAGUGAUGAUCAGCUUGAAGAUACAAAUGAAAUUGAAACAAAAGAUGAAGAAGACAAAGGAAAUGAAAAUCAGUAUCAGAGACCUCUAUCAGCAAGACUUGAUGAUGUUUUGGGAGAUAAUGAGGCUAUGCGGAAGAAAUACCGAUCCAUGUCCCUUCCCCUUCAGUCUGAUGUUGAGAAACUUAUUAAAAACAUGAAGGAAAUGUCAGUGGAAGAACUGAAAAAGCCAAUACAUAUUCCAGUGUAUUUGCCAGCCUUUCCACAGCGGAAGAUUAUCAUGAAGAAACAGUUUAAAAGUAAUCCAAAAAGGGUUGUUCACCAAAGAAGGGGAAGGUCAAUGUCAGUUUUUGACCUUCAGGAAAUGUUGCCAUGGCAACUAGAUAUAGGUACCAUUUUGAACUGAAUGAAGUGAUAUGUUUUGGCACCAGUGCCAGUUAAUUUUUUGCACAGUUUUGUUGAAAUGUGUCUUCACUGAUUCAGUGUGGUUUUUAAUGGCUGAUAGUUCUCACAGUCAAGUUGUUGAUGGCAUGUGGCGUUUGUUGUUGUUGUUGUUGUUGUUGUUGUUGUUGUUGUUGUUUCGUCGUUGUCCUGUUCAGUUAUUGGUAGCUGCUAGUCAAUUUGAUAAUUAGACAUGUUUGUUUAAGUGUUGUAUAAUAACAGUUUGUAAAGAGAGAGUACAAAUAAAUUGUCUCUUCAGUGUUAUGCUAUGUAAGCCUUUUAAAAAUAGCAUAUGGAAAUAUUUG